CUGCUUGUUGCGCAUCCUCUCUGGCAAUUUUUAUUUGAUCUAUUUAAUGAUUAAUGGGCAUGCUUUGCUUAAUCCUGUUCAAUGGUACUGAAGAGAAGGAACAGACAAGACCAGAUGGACACAGCAAGAUACUUUUUGUAGCACUAAACAGUUAAAAGGAAAAUGAAGCCCAUCUUCUCCUUGUGUUUAUUGCUGGCUGGUUUGUAUACUGCUGCCCACUGUCAUCAGCAUCCUCAUUAUCUCAGUAAGCAGGAUGAUCCUAAAGGGACAUAUUACCCACAAUGCAGUUCUCCUGGGAAAGGAGUUUAUCCAGUUACUUUCGGUAAACUAGUUUCCAGCAAUGCUGACUUUGCAUUCUUAUUUUACAAGCUGAUUGCAUCCGAAGCAACUGAUCAAAAUAUUUUCUUUUCACCCAUAAGCAUCUCUGCUUCCUUUGCAAUGCUGGCACUCGGUGCCAGGUCAGCAACACUGACGCAGAUUCUGGAAGGGCUUGCCUUUAACCUGGAAAAGACUCAGGAGCAGGAAAUACAUGAAGGUUUUUGCCAGCUCCUCCACAUGUUGAACCGCUCAGACACUGAACUCCAGCUGAGCCUAGGCAAUGCCCUUUUUAUAGAAGAGACACUAAAACCACUACAGAAGUUCCUGGAUGAUAUCAAAAGCUUUUAUGAUUCUGAAGUCUUUUCUACUGACUUUAACAACUCCUCUGGUGCAGAGAAUCAGAUCAACAGUUAUAUUGAGGAAAAGACAAAUGGGAAAAUUGCUAAACUAGUGGAAAAUCUUGAUCCUUUCACCACCAUGGUUCUUGUUAACUAUGUCUUCCUUAAAGCCCAGUGGGAGAAACCCUUCAGUACUUCAUAUACAAAACAGGAGGAUUUUUUUGUGGAUCAGGAAACAUCUGUAAAAGUUGACAUGAUGUAUCAAAAGGGUUACUACAGAACUUACUUUGAUGAAGAACUGUCCUGUUGGCUGGUUCAGAUACCUUACAAUGGAAAUGCUGCAGCAUUAUUUGCUUUGCCUGACAAAGGGAAGAUGAAGCAAGUGGAAGAUGCUCUCUUGAAAAGGACUGCAUCUAAAUGGGGAAAGUUCCUCCGAGACAGGAAAAUACAUCUGCACAUUCCAAAACUUUGUAUUUCUGGUACAUAUGAUGUGAAAAGUAUAGUCAAACAAGUGGGGAUGAUUGAUCUGUUCACUGAACAAGCUGAUCUGUCAGGGAUUACUGAGGAGCCUGGACUAAUGGUUGCAAAAGUGAUCCACAAAGCCAUACUGAAUGUUCAUGAAAAUGGCACUGAAGCAGCUGGGGCCACGGUUAAGGAGAUUACCUGGCGAUCUGGAGAUUUUCCUCAUCCACCUCGAAUCAGAUUCAACAGGCCUUUUCUCCUGGCAAUUCUGGAUAAAUACACCCACACCAUCCUUUUCAUGGGAAAAAUUGUAAACCCUCUGAAAAAUGACUGAUCCACCAGAGAACGUGCACUUAUUCACAUCGCUGGCUAAAUCCCUGCGAUCCAGCGAAACACCUGUGCAUGCACGCCAUUAUGUACUAGUGCUCAUCUUUCACCCGUUAUCCUUAUAUACAUUAUUAAUCCCUUAAAAAACAAACCCUAUUUUUCCUUGUCCAAAAAGUCACUGGUAUUUCCACCAGUCUAUAGCUGGGGAUAGCUUGUAGUGUCAGAGCAUUUUUUACCAGUUUUGUAAGAAGCUCUUCCUGACAUGCUCCAGUGGGUUAUUUGAGAUGGCUCAAAGCCUCUAGGUAAUGUAGCUGCUGCUGUACACUCAUGGUGUGUGUACUGGACAGCAGAAAAAGGGAAUCAAGGAAAAGGAGGUGUAAGGUAUAAAUCCUGUCUCUUUAAUACUCUAACCUUAAUGACUAGCUUUGAAUACAGAUUCCCUUAAUACUGGAGUGAAUUUCCAAUAAUUUAUUUGGUUUUUAACCAAGUAUGGUGUGAAGCUGCAGGAUCAGUGACUGGGACACUGGAAGAUACACCAACCAAUGUAAAGGGUUGAUGGGUGCAGGUAGUUUAGCUCACCUCCCUUUUUCCUCUUCAGAGGAAGCUGUCCUCAUGAAGACAAGAAGGUUGGUUUUGCUCUACAAAUAAUAUUUAUUCUACUAAGCAAGGAAGCCAUAGCAGCAAAAAGACUCUGUAUUAUCCUGUUAAUACAACUAUUAUUGCCAAUGCCCUGAGAUAAAAGUAUGGUGAAGCAGUACAUGGCAUAACACCAGUUUUCUUAUUAUGGAUUUAUCAUCACUGUCAUUUCUCUUUUCUCCUACUGAUGCCAUGUUUACUCUUACACUUUCCAGCUAGACAUGUCAGACUGCAGCAGAAAAGAGGAGGAAUAAGAGAUUAUAACACUGGAGAAUUUGCAUUUCUUCAGUAGGAAGACCAGAGCUUUCCUAGGGACUGUUAACAUGCUUUAAACUAUCAUAGAGACACAUAGAAAAUGCAGCUAAUGUUUGAGAAGUCAACUUCCUAAAUGGUAGAUGUGGAUUACUGUUAUGGAGUAAAAACAUAUUGUGAAUUGAUAUGUUUACCUUUUCACUUUUAAGGUUUCCUGAGUUUAACUUUUUACAAUUGUGUUGUUUUAUAGCAAGACAACUGAGAGGAUUUUAACAUAUCAGCUACACUAGAUAGUUGUACAGUUGUGAAAAGAAACACAAAUCAAUCAGUAAAUAUUAAAUUUUUUAUUUUUUUAAAUCAACAUCCUUAGUAUGUCUUAGUAAAAUAUAGAAAGCCAAUGAAAGUGCUUAAGUUACAGAUUUAUUAAAACUUUUGCAGCAGAAUCUCAAACUGUUAGAGAAGAAGUAAAAUAUAAAUGGCAAAUUUCUAGACUUUAGUCUCUUAAAAUAUCUGUGAAAAAUAUAACUUGAAAGUUAUGUUGAAUAUUUCUAAAAUAUAAUUAUUUUUAUUA